UGUUCCUUCACUCGAUUCCUUCCUCUUUUGGGAGGGAUUCUAUCACUCCUUUAUGUCCAUCUCACAUCAUUGUUUUCACGUAAUAUGAAGCUUUCAUCUAACAGUUACGUUCUGCACGCGCAUUUUGUCUGGUCUCGCUCCCCUCCCCAACCAUCCACACGAUGUCAGGAGCGUAUUAUGACACGUGAUUACAAUGGCCAAAUGUUCGGGCAUUCACAGUUCCUUGUCUUUUGCAAUCGAGUCAUCACUUUGAUCAUAGUGCUACCGAUUCAUUGGUUACGAUUAGGCGUGCGAUCCCCAUUCUUCGAAUUCUCCUUCGCGUCGGUCAGCAAUAUCGUCAGCAGUUGGUGCCAAUACGAGGCACUCAAGUAUGUCACUUUUCCGACCCAAGUGAGUGGUUUGAUUGAAAGUGCAGUUUUGUCCGUUCUGUUUUUCUCUUUCCAAGGUGUGUGUGUUUGUAAUGGAUUCUGUUGCUCUUAUGAAAGUUUACAUUUUUUUCACUUCUCUUUUAUUCUUGGCAAAACAUUUGCAUUCAUUAGUGUGCAUGGUUAA